CAGUGAUCCUGUCGCACAUGGGGCCUCAUAGGAAGCCAGGAACUGAGUGGUACCAGUCGAAUCUGUGAUGCGAAAUACCGGUGCUGCGCGAGUUCAGACGAAAGAGGUCGACCAGAAGGAGAAGGACGAUUGUCGUCUCAAUGGAGUCCCCAGAAGUUUUGAGGUUCACAAAGGUCUCAUUCUCUGCGCUUCUUCAUUCAUGCCCAGCCUCGGGAGCGGACAUAAUGAAAAGUGUCCCAUAUAUAUAUCCUCGAAAAUGGUGCUUUCUCCCGACCUUCCGUCUUCAAAGCUCGAAUGGAGAGAUAGUGACGACAGUCUUUAUGGUAGCUUCUCCAGAUAAGAUUAUCUGAUUAUGUGCACAGCCACAGCUCCGACCAACAGGAGCACACAACACUCUUCUUCUCGACCGCACCAGGCGCAAAUCACCCCCGUUCUUCGAGUGUAUUCUUGUUGCCAUCCUCAGCACUUUGUCUCAUGAUCGAUCUCCCGGCCGAACUAUGGACUCAGAUAUUCGACCUUGCCGCCGACGAAGAUGUGCUUUUCGCACCGGGUCUGCCCGGCGUAUCGCCCAUGGCUGAGUCGGCGUGGUUCAAGAACUUUCACGGUGCCUGGUCCCUCCGCACGCCCGGGGAUGCCGUCGAGAUGGUCCAGCGGCGGAGUUACGCGACGAAGAAGGCGAUCGUGCGGACAUGCAAGCGGUGGCGGGAGAUUGGGUCAGAGUUUCUCUUUCGGUGUCUGUUCUUCAGCGAUCCCGGGCGGCUCGUUGCACUUGCCAACCUCCUCGACGCGUCUGCUGCCACUUCUUCCACGGCCGCCACGUCCACGGACCCUGCAGGGUCAUCGGCCAACGCAGCUGCGCCGCCCCUCGGAUGGUGGACGCGCCGGAUCCACGUCACGCGGUUCUACGCCUCGCACGCCCGCGGGACGACACCGAUUCUACUCCAGGACGCGCUCAUUCGCGUCAUCCGACACUGCCCGAACCUCCAGAUCUUUAUCGUCAACUGGCCGCUGACCGCCAGCACCUUCGGGCCGGUGGCCGAUGCGUUGGCAGUCCAUGCGCGGGGAAGCCUGUCGACUCUUGCGGUGACCGUCCCCGCUGGGGCACUGGGGAAGGUGAUCUGGGCUUUGGAAGGGCUUAGACGCGUCGGGGCGGUGCAUAUCGAGCUAGAGUAUGACGGGCAGGCGGAGGAGAGGGGAUUUCUGGCCUCUAGUGCUCAGGAGGAGGACUACGAGCGUGCGAGCGUUGUAUCGGACGACCCCGCACUUGGCGCAGCGGGUGACAUCCGUCUCACGCUACCCAAUUUGCAGCAGCUGUCGCUUAAAGGCCACAUCCAGCAAUUCGUCGAGCAAGCCAGUGGCUGGGACUUGCCUGUGCUUCGCCACCUGUCGGUUGAUUGUCCCCGGACUACCGACUUGCCGGACGUCGUUUGCUUCCUCACUGCGCACGGACCGAGUGUCAUUCACCUCGACCUCGAAGCUCUACCAAGCCUCCCGGUGCAGCAGAUCCUGGCACGAUGCCCCGAGCUGCGCACCAUGACAUUCAACGGAGACUGGCGUAUUGUUGGUGCCGAGGACGACUCAUCUUCGUCGGGGCCUUCCCCUCCGCUCGCGCACGACAAGCUCAUGAACGUCGGGCUGAGCGGGCUAUCGUACGCGUUUGGAGUUGGUUUCGGAGCUGCAGACGGCGUGUCUGCACUGGUUGCUACGUCCGUCAACGAUCGCACGAUCCAGGCGCUGUGUGACAAGACGGCGUUUCCCUCGUUACACCGCUUGCGUGUUUUGAGCCGCGGUCUGUUGAUGGAUCUCGAGAAGGCAGAUGGGCCUAGCACGGAGGGAGGAGGGAUGAGCCGAUGGGAAAGAUGGUGGUCGAUGACUGCCGGUGCCGGCGUCCGGUUGGAGGAUUGCACGGGCGCUCUACUGGGUGAGCUGCCUCAAGACCUGGAUGACGGCGAUUUCAGCGACGAUGAUGACAGCGACGAGGAGGAUGACGAAGACGAAGCUGAGGUCGAGGAGCAGCUGCUUCAAGACGGCUGGAAACACGCGCCGACGUCCAAUACAGCGGGUAGCCUGAACGAGCUGCGCAAACUGCUUGAGGAGUGCCGGGCGAUGGACCGCGGUCGGGACGAUAACUAUCUACAUCGCAGUGCGGCCGGGGCAAUGAUGAUUCCUGGCUUUUCCGCAGAUGAUACUGGAUCUUAGGCUCGUUAUCUAUCCCGUCCGAUCAUAUUCACUCACGUACACUGCUCUCUAUACAUAUCGCUUGCUUUCCGCGUUUCGUUCCCUUGGUAUCUCGUACAGCGCCGAUAAUCCGUAUGUCUCCGGUCGGCGACAUAGCACUCAUGCGUGGUAUCUCCAAGAGGCUGAGCACCACAAGAUCGGGCAGCUUGGCUAAGCUCAAUCUUGAAUCGUCGCAGGAACCCGAUCGCGUGCCCCCAUUACAUUAUUGUGCGCCAUUUACGUUCUCGCUGUUCCUAGCAAACAAAACGUGGGGAUCUCUAAUCGACCGAGUCGUACAGACUAAGGUCUAUGAAAGCUAAAAAACACAACUAUCUUGCGGCACAAACGCAUAGUUACUGUUAUGCAUUCUGCUGCCCUCAACCU